GGCGGCGGCUCCCGGCGGCGGCUCCCGGUGGCCGGUCGGACGGGAAGGGUGCCCGCGGGACAGUCAUAUCUUUGGAAAGAUGGUUCUUCAUUUCAACUCCUUUUUUGGCUUCCCUGUCAUACUCCUGUACCACUGGAUGGGUUCAGCUGUGUCUUUGAAUCUGGAAGAUCCCAAUGUGUGUAGCCACUGGGAAAGUUACUCAGUUACAGUGCAAGAGUCAUAUCCACAUCCUUUUGAUCAGAUUUACUACACCAGUUGUACUGACAUCCUAAACUGGUUCAAGUGUACGCGACACAGGAUCAGUUACCGUACUGCCUACAGACAUGGUGAGAAAACGAUGUACAGGCGCAAAUCCCAGUGUUGCCCUGGAUUCUUUGAAAGCAGGGAAAUGUGUGUCCCUCACUGUGCUGAUAAGUGUGUCCAUGGCCGUUGUAUUGCUCCCAACACCUGUCAGUGUGAGCCUGGCUGGGGAGGACCCAACUGCUCCAGUGCGUGUGACAGCGACCACUGGGGACCCCACUGCAGCAGCCGCUGCCAGUGCAAGAAUGGGGCCCUGUGCAACCCCAUCACCGGGGCCUGCCACUGCUCCGCAGGCUUCAAGGGCUGGCGUUGUGAGGAGCGCUGUGACCCCGGCUCCUACGGCAAUGACUGCCACCAGAAGUGCCAGUGCCAGAACAGAGCCACCUGCGACCACAUCACUGGCGAGUGCAGGUGUCCCCCCGGAUACACUGGCGCCUUCUGUGAGGACCUGUGUCCCCCCGGGAAGCAUGGCCCACAGUGCGAGGAGAGGUGCCCGUGCCAGAACGGAGGCGUCUGUCACCACAUCACAGGGGAGUGCUCCUGCCCGCCAGGAUGGAUGGGCAUGGUCUGUGGUCAGCCUUGUCCUGAGGGUCGUUACGGGAAGAACUGCUCCCAGGAGUGCCAGUGCCACAACGGAGGCACCUGCGACUUGGCAACGGGUCAUUGCCACUGCAGCCCAGGCUACACAGGGGAACGGUGCCAGGAUGAGUGCCCAGUGGGGAGCUACGGGCUGCAUUGUGCAGAGACCUGCCAGUGUGUGAAUGGUGGGAAGUGCUACCACAUCAGUGGUGCCUGCCUCUGUGAGCCAGGGUACACCGGCCUGCACUGUGAAACCAGGCUCUGCCCCGAGGGAAUUUAUGGCCUCAAGUGUGAUAAAAAGUGUCCCUGCCACAUGCCCAACACCUGGAGCUGUCACCCCAUGUCUGGGGAAUGCUCCUGCAAGCCAGGCUGGUCUGGGCUGUACUGCAACGAGACGUGUUCCCCGGGCUUCUACGGGGAGUCGUGUCAGCAGAUCUGCAGCUGCCAGAACGGGGCUGACUGCGACAGCGUCACUGGGAAGUGCACCUGUGCCCCUGGAUUUAAGGGUGCAUCUUGUGGUAUCCCUUGUCUCCCUGGAACAUAUGGAGUGAAUUGCUCCUCCAUGUGCAGCUGCAAAAAUGGGGCCUGUUCAUCUGUGGAUGGCUCUUGUGCCUGCAAAGCAGGUUGGCAUGGUGUGGAUUGCUCCAUAAAUUGCCCCAGUGGCACAUGGGGACUGGGCUGUAACCUGACCUGCCAGUGUCUUAAUGGAGGGGCUUGUAAUGCUCUGGAUGGAACCUGUACCUGUGCCCCAGGAUGGAGGGGAGAGAAAUGUGAGCUCCCUUGCCAGGACGGUACCUAUGGCCUGGACUGCGCUGAGCGCUGUGACUGCAGCCACGCAGACGGGUGCCACCCCACCACGGGCUACUGCCGCUGCCUCCCAGGAUGGUCAGGUAUUCACUGUGACAGUGUGUGUGCUGAGGGACAGUGGGGUCCAAAUUGCUCCUUGCCUUGUUACUGCAAAAAUGGAGCAUCCUGCUCUCCAGAUGAUGGGAUCUGUGAAUGUGCACCAGGAUACAGAGGCACCACUUGCCAGAGAAUCUGCUCACCGGGAUUCUACGGACACCGCUGCAGCCAGACCUGCCCCCAGUGCGUGCACAGCAGUGGCCCCUGCCACCACAUCACUGGCCUGUGUGACUGCCUGCCUGGAUUCACUGGAGCCCUCUGCAAUGAAGUAUGUCCCAGUGGCAGAUUUGGGAAGAACUGUGCUGGAAUAUGCACCUGCACCAAUAAUGGGACUUGUAAUCCUAUUGAUAGAUCCUGUCAGUGCUACCCUGGGUGGAUUGGUAGUGACUGCUCUCAGCCUUGCCCACCUUCCCACUGGGGACCAAACUGUAUCCACACGUGCAACUGCCACAAUGGAGCUUUCUGCAGUGCCUAUGAUGGGGAGUGCAAGUGCACCCCAGGCUGGACUGGCCUUUACUGCACACAGAGAUGUCCCCUGGGAUAUUUUGGGAAGGACUGUGCCUUGAUCUGCCAGUGCCAGAAUGGAGCUGACUGCGACCACAUCAGCGGGCAGUGCACCUGCCGGACGGGCUUCAUGGGGCGGCACUGCGAGCACAAAUGUCCCCAGGGCACAUACGGGUAUGGAUGCCGCCAGAUCUGUGACUGCCUGAACAACUCCACCUGUGACCACAUCACAGGGACCUGCUACUGCAGCCCAGGCUGGAAAGGGGCGAGGUGUGAUCAAGCUGGUGUAAUUAUAGUAGGAAACCUGAACAGCCUGAGCCGCACCAGCACUGCCCUCCCUGCUGACACCUACCAGAUAGGAGCCAUAGCUGGCAUCAUCAUUCUUGUCUUGGUUGUGCUUUUCCUGCUGGUGCUGUUCAUCAUUUACAGGCAGAAGCAGAAAGGGAAGGAGACGCACAUGCCCACCGUGACCUACACCCCUGCUAUGAGGGUCAUCAAUGCAGAUUACUCCAUCUCAGAAACCAUCCCUCACACCAAUGGUGGAAAUGUCAACAGCCACUAUUUCUCUAACCCCAGUUACCAUACUCUAACUCAGUGCGCGAGCCCACCUCAUGUCACCAACGUGGAGAGACUGACCUUGGCAAAGGCAAAAACCAGCCAGCUGUUUGUGAACCUGAAGAAUAUAGAGCCUGGAAAAAGAAGUGCUGUCAUGGACUACACAGGAACACUACCAGCAGACUGGAAACAUGGUGGCUACCUCAAUGAGCUUGGUGCUUUUGGACUUGAUAGGGGAUAUGUGGGGAAGUCCCUGAAAGAUCUGGUGAAGAACUCAGAGUACAAUUUAAGUAAUUGCUCGCUGAGCAGCUCUGAGAACCCCUAUGCUACUAUCAAAGACCCACCAGCUCUGGUGCCAAAGAGUUCAGAAUGUGGCUACGUGGAAAUGAAGUCCCCAGCACGUCGCGACUCCCCCUAUGCUGAGAUCGCUGGCUCUGCCACAGCCAGCAAGAACGUGUAUGAAGUUGAGCCUACGGUGAGCAUUGUCCAGGGUGCGUUCGGAAGUGGCAGUGGGCGCUUUGGCCAGGAUCCCUACGACCUCCCAAAAAAUAGCCACAUUCCGUGCCACUAUGACCUGCUUCCUGUCCGAGGGAGCCCCACGCCCUCCACAAAGGGGGUCAGCAGCAAAUGACCCCGCAAGAAGCUGAUGCCUACAACCCUGGGACACUCAAGGGGCAGAGCGGCAUGGUCGUGCUCCUUCCUCUCUAGUUUACCAUCUCUCUUGGCUCCUCAUCUGUCUGGGAGAUAAUUGCUGUACCUUCAGCAGAAUCUCACCAAGAGGUCUGUAUUGCACCUACAAGUGACAGAUGGACAAAUGCCACACUCUGGGGAUCCUGAUUCUUCUUUUUUUUUUUUUUUCACAGCAGUACAUUUUCUAGAAACAGGUAUGCAACACAUUUAUACUGUAAUAUACUGGCUUAAGAAAGAGUAGUUUGCAGAUAAGUCUUGAUAACAUCACAUUUUAGUGACUUCAAGUAUAGGCUUCAUGUCUGUCAUGUUCCAGAGUAAUAAUACUCCCAGGACAGUGCAAUUUACCAAAUACCACUUUGUACAGGUGAUCUGAUUCACCACUUACCCACUGGGAUAAGGAAAUCUGCCUUGCCAAAUUUUACCUUCCAUUCUUAUCUUUAGUCAAGACGUAUUAUAAGAAACAAGAUGUGAUGGGGAUAAGGAAGCAUAGUGUUGCAGUUGUUCGGGAAAUCCAUCAUCAGGCAUUGCCGUCCAUUGCAGGUGAUGGAUGUACUUGGCUUAAAUAGUUCUGGAGAUAAAAUAAUUGCAUACAUCAAUAUUUACAGGAUGCUUCAAGAUCUCUCAGUACUGCAGACCCAGCACCAGUCUUCAACAAGUAUUUUGCUACAGUUCAGCUUCAUUUGUUGCAGUUCUGACCACUUUUUCAGCCACACACAAACUAAUGGUCCACAACAUAUCAGUUAUUACUUCAAUUAAUAUGUCAAUUGUAUCAGUUUAUUUUUGUCACCAGGGACUGAUUAUGUAAGGAGUGGACAAAGGUGAUGACUUCUGUAAAUCUUAACUGCAAGGAAGGGUUUACAUUUUAUAAAAAAGGUAGUAAUAAUGACUGUAAUAUAGGAUAAAGAUAGUAAAGUGUUCUGACUUUUGUUUUCUUUGAAGUAACUAAGAAAACUCUGUGCAUACUUGCUAAAAAGGCACCUUUUCUUUUUUAUAGUUGAUGUAGGGAAACACAUGCUUAAGCUGGUCUUUUGCAUUGCUAAUAAUGUGACACAUGUACCCCCUACCUUCAUGAACUUCUGUCUCCAUUCUUAUGCUGUGUGUCUGUGUUUUUAGUGAACUAGGUUGUAACUGCAAAAAUAUUCUAGUAUGUGCAUCCAUUUUUUUUGCAUUUUUGCCAACUGGCCUUUAUUUUGUCUGGUUCAAGGGACCUCUAGGCAGAGCAAGAGGAUCAAAGUAAGAAUUCACAGUGAUGUUUAUCAGAGGUGAUUACAAAAUAUGUAACAGUUCAGAUUAAUUAAUUAAUUCAUUCAUUCAGGGGAAGAAAAUCAAGGUGUUUUUUGUUGAGAAUGUUGACAACAAGAACACAGAAGAAAAGUAAAAAAAAAUUUCUCCUUAAAGUUUAAUUUAUUCUGUUGACCAUGGGGAUGGAGACCAUCUUCCCAAAACAGCCCCUUUUUCCCAAAAGAGGUUUUCAGUCCUUCCAAAAGGUCUAUUUUGAGCUGCACCAUUCAGUGGAAAUUAAAUUCACCAAGGUAUCUAUCCUGGACAGAAUUUUCCCCAAACAUGUCCAAAAUCUAAAAAUAGCAUUGUUGUUAUAGACUAGACAUCUCUUUCAGUGAAAAUAUAUUUUUAGGAACCUAAGAGUGAGGUGCCAGCAUUUAACAUGUCCUGGCAGUGCUCUGUAGCACCUUGUCCUGAGGGUUGGUGUGUCACUGAUGGAUGGGGAAAAGGACAUUGGCUGUUUUGCAGUUCCCUGGGCAUUUCUGUAACAUCCUUGGCAUAAAGAAUUCCAUUAUCUUUGGAUUUGGAAAAUACCAAUAUUAGCUAGAAGAUUUCUGAGGCUGGUUGCCAUUUAAUCCCUGUCUAAGAUGAAGUACUGAUUGAGUUUCUAUGCAUCUAGAUAAAAUGUAGAGCUACUGGUACUGUACUUUUUUUGUAUUGUGUGAAACAGACUUUAAAAUAAAACCUUUAAUCUCUAAAGCCAUGAAUAGAAAAUGCUGCAUUUAACAAUAGGGAGCUCACAAAAACUUCUUGGUCUUUUUGAAGACCACUAAGUAAAUUAUUUCAUUAUAUAAACAAUUCUUUGAACAUGGAAAAAAGAGCUGAAUAAAUGUUGGGGUUUUUUUUAAAUUUCCAGGAUGUCACAUAUCCUCGAGUGAUAUAUUCAGACAAAUAUUCAUGAAAAUAGAUUAGUUUCUUUAUUUGUAAAAUAUUUGCUUAUUUUAUGUGUUCUAAAUGUACACAUGAGUGAGGUCUGCCUUCCCUGCAUGAGGGUAAAACUCCUGUUGUGUAGUCAGCUACAACAAUGUUGAGUAUAUGCAGGGCAAGCAAAUGGCCUGUGAAUUAACUUGAGAGAAUGAUUCCUGGUGAGGCGCUCAGAACAUUUAUUUCCUGGAGUGCAUUCUGCUCUCAGCUUCACAGAUCCCUAGCUCAAUCCUUGUGGCUGCCAGACAACUUUUCUUGUAGAUCCCACUGUGGCCUUCACAUAAUUUAAAUACUUCUGCAGGUGCAUUCUGUAGGGUGGAGGAGGCUGAAUGCCUCAGUUGAUGGAACAAUUUUAGCAAGCACUCAGAGAGUUGGCCUCGCCACAGACAGGAAGGGAAAGGGAUGCCUUGCCUCUAUAUAUUCACAAUACAAUAGUGACAAAAUACAGCCUUGAAAAUGGCGGUAGCUCUUGCCUAGCAAUGUGUCGCCAAUUCAAUAAAAGGGUGCACCAAGUAGCUGGAUUCAAAGUAGUCAGUAUAAACUUUAGGCUUUAAAUACUGUAGGCAUUAUUAAUUCAGGCCACUUAGAAGCAUAACAAACCUCACAGAUUUCUACUAUAUGCAAGAUUUUAAUCACAACAUGCUGUUACACAUCAACGCUCUCCUUACCUUGAUUUACCCAGAGAACUUCCAUUAACUUUAGUUGGAGAUGCACAUACAGGUUAUGGGAAGGAAGAUUUCAUUGUGCUCACACAUUCUGCUGAGACAAUCUUCAAGUUCAUAUUGAAAUGAAGUUAGGAUAAAAUCAAAAGUGAGGAAUGUGUUACUCUAAGGAGAUUGGAUUUUCAUGUACACACAACAACUUUUUAUCCAGUAUUUGUCCAAAUAAUAAUUCUUGCACUGAAGCUCCAAAGCCCAGACUGAAGAACACAGAGCUAGUUUUGACAAAAAAUGCUUUAUAAUAAAGAUUGUAUAUACAGUAUCUGAAAUUACUGAAAACAAAUGAGUGUAUAUUCAUUAAUUACUGUAGAGAAAACCUUGUCUUUUGAUACACUCAUACUAGUGCUAGAACACUGAACAUAACUUUUCAGUUCUUUUGCCCACAAGACUUCCCUUUGAUAUGAUUGAACUGUAUUAUAUUUUUAAAGAGAACCUAUCAAGUAUGCCUGGCUUUUUUUUCUUAGAUGUAACAAGAAAAGUGCUUAGUUGUGAGAACAUAUAUAUAUUUUCCAAAGAUGACUGAUGUUCAUCAUUCUCCCUCUCACUACCAUAUAUUUUACUUCACUUCACAUACCUGUAGGUUAAUACAAUAAAGUUUCUAAUGAAAGAUGGGAAGUGAUUUGACUUUUUUUUUAUUUAAUUGGCUUUUCAUUUGCCUACGGAGGAUCUUGAAAUAGCAUGGGAAAUGUACAAAAUGUCAUUUUUGCUCUCAUGGUUUAACCCCAGCUAGCAACUGAUGCCAUGCAGGCAGUUACUCCUUCAGGGAGAAGAGGAAAGGAAACUCAAUGGAUUCAAAUAAGAACAGUUAAAUAAUAGGAAAAGAUAAAAUAAAUUACUACUACUAAUUGUAAUACUAAAACAGAAAAAUCCAUCAUAAAGAUCUAAUGUUUCAGAUUUUAAAAGCUACAAUCCAGUAUUGUAAAGGUAUAGUUCUACUUUCCAGGCUUUUCUGUGCGAAGCUGAGAAACUCAGUAUUCCUUCAAUCCUGUUGAAACAGGGGCAUAAUCCCAAGGAAUUGACUUGUUUUAUAUUCUAACAACCAUGUUAUUAACAGAAAAGUAACAAAGAGUGAUCCUGGUUAACUGCAUAGGGUAAGUAAGCAUUGGCUAAAAAUUAAUAUUUUCCUGUUUUGGUUUGAAAGACAGGUAUUUGCUAAGAAAUGCAGGAGCUUCUCCCUGAGAUGGAGAGUGCAGACUCCU